AUGGGAAACACUAAGAGCAGCACGUUGUCCAAGGAACUACUGGAGGAUCUAAAAUCCAACACCAAAUACACAGAGGCCGAGCUGUGCAGCUGGUACCAGUCCUUCCUUCGGGAAUGUCCCGGGGGGAAGAUUAGCAAGGAGCAGUUUGAAGGCAUCUAUGCCAGUUUCUUCCCAAAUGCUGACCCCACCGCUUACGCCCGCCACGUCUUCCGGAGUUUCGACACCAAUGCCGAUGGUACACUGGACUUCAAGGAGUACAUGGUGGCGCUGCACCUGACCUCAGGUGGGAAGACCCGGCAGAAGCUGGAGUGGGCCUUCGCACUCUAUGACGUGGACGGCAACGGAACCAUCAGCAAGAACGAGAUCCUGGAGAUUGUCAGGUCAAUCUUCAACAUGAUCCCAGCGGACGACCAGGAGAACCUUUCUGAGGACGAGAACACGCCAGAGAAGAGAGCUGAGAAGGUGUGGCGGUUUUUCGGGAAAAAGGAGAACGACAAAAUCUCGGAGGGCGAGUUCAUCCAGGGCGUGAUGGACAACAAGGACAUCCUGCGCCUCAUCCAGUAUGACGAACCUCAGAAGAUUAAAGACAAGCUGAAGGAGAAGAAACAGUAG